AUGGACUCUUCAACUGACUUGAACAAUGGAACAGAGUGGUUGAGUUUGGAGGAUAAUGGCAGCAAUGCAAUUGUGUUGCCAGGCAAGAAAAAGAGUAAAACGAACAAAAAUAAGCAGGUGUCCGAAAAGCUUAGGAUAAAUAAGGAGCCUAAGUUAAGCAAAUCCCAGAAAAGAAAGUUAAAGAAGCUUGAGGAGGAGAAGGGAAAGGAGAUACUUUUGUCAAAAAGCAUCGAGGAAUUGGAGAAGUACAAGAUUCGAGAUGAUGUGUAUUCUCUUAUGUGGUCUUCACGGAACUUGGGUCAGGUUGAAACUGUCCGUGAAAAACGUAGGAGGCAAGUGCAGUUUUCUAAAGCGGGUUUAGAAUUAGAUGAUUAUCGACCUUUCAAGAAGAGGACCCGUGAUAAUACGUCUGGUGGUGUUGAAUUGCAUCUGGACGAUAACAAAUCAGAAGUAAACAAUGAGGGCAAUUCUCUGCUACCAUCUUCAUCAGAAAGAGAGCUUCAGAAUCACAUAUCCGCCCCACUACAAUCUUCUCAAGAACUAGUUUGUAGGAAUGAACCUGCUACUCUUGGCGAAGAUGCUGCUUUGACUGUUGAGGAAGUAAACAAUGAAACUAGUAAAUCGUUAAUACCAGAACAGCCAGAAGAUUCACAGCUCGCAUUUCCUCCUAGUGAAGAAUUGGCAGAGUCGUUGGCUACAGUGGAUGGAAGUCCAAAUGUAAAUCUCAGCAAUAUAAUGAACAAGGGGAUCUGUACUCCACUGAGAACUACUACUGCCCCAACUGUAGUGCACGUAUCAAGACCAAAGGAGGUCGAGAGCAACAGAAGAAAUCUUCCAAUAGUAAUGAUGGAACAGGAAAUAAUGGAAGCUAUUAAUGAGAAUAACAGUCUUAUUAUAUGUGGUGAGACUGGUUGUGGUAAGACCACCCAGGUCCCCCAGUUCCUUUACGAGACUGGCUUUGGUUCAAGCCUUUGUGAUGUUCGAGGCGGUGUUAUUGGUGUGACCCAACCCCGACGAGUUGCUGUACUUGCAACAGCUAAGCGAGUGGCAUACGAGCUUGGUCUUCGUUUGGGUAAGGAGGUAGGCUUUCAGGUUAGGCAUGACAGAAGGAUUGGAGAGAAUUGCUCCAUCAAGUUUAUGACUGACGGAAUCUUGCUUCGGGAAGUUCAGAAUGAUUUUUGGUUGAAACACUACUCCAUCAUAAUAUUGGAUGAAGCUCAUGAGAGAAGCCUGAAUACAGAUAUACUUAUUGGGAUGCUUUCUCGAGUUAUACGUGAGCGCCAGUGGGAAUAUGAGAUGCAGCAAAAGAGGAUUCUUGCUGGGGAAAUUAUUAACUCUGAGAAUAGGAUCUAUCCGUUGAAACUUGUGCUGAUGAGCGCUACCCUGUGUGUUGAAGACUUUGUGUCUAACACAAAAAUAUUUCAUAAUCCUCCACCAGUAAUAGAAGUCCCAACUAGACAGUACCCAGUUACUAUGCACUUCUCCAAGAGGACAGAGAUCAUAGAUUACAUUGGCCAAGCCUAUAAGAAAGUAUUAUCAAUUCACAAAAGAUUGCCGCCUGGGGGAAUACUUGUUUUUGUGACUGGGCAGAGGGAGGUGGAGUACCUGUGUAAGAAACUAAGAAAAGCUUCUCAGGAAAUAGCUGAAAAUGCAUCGGAAAGAAAUGAAGAAUCGUCUUCUGUUUCCGAAGAAAAACCUCUGGAGGAAAAUGAUAUUCAGGACUUUAGUGAGGCAUUUGAACAAGGGGACACUGGUCAUGACAUUAUGAAUCGUUUUGAUUCUCAUAAUGAGGAUCGUGGAGACCUAUCUGAAGAAGAGUCUGAUGUGUCUUAUGAUUCAGGGGAUGACAGUGAUCUCGAAUUCUACAGUGAUGAGGGUGAUGUGUUAAAACCGAAAUCUCUGGAGUCUGACAGCAACCUUGCAGAUGUUUUGGGAGGUGAAGGAAGCCUUGCUUCAUUGAAGGCAUCUUUUGAAGCCUUGGCAGGUAAGAAAACUACUAACCCUGUUUCUGAGGUUCCUGUCAGUCCUGAAGGAACCUCAAAGCAAUCCAGUUCCAUCUUGGGGCAGAGAAACAAGGAAGGAAAGUUACCUUGUGCUGGUCCAAUGCAGAUCCUGCCCCUCUAUGCCAUGCUUCCUGAAUCAGCGCAGCUUCGUGUUUUUGAAGAGGUCAAGGAAGGAGAACGCCUAGUUGUUGUUGCCACCAAUGUGGCUGAAACCUCUUUGACUAUCCCUGGGAUAAAGUACGUUGUUGACACGGGAAGGGAAAAAGUCAAGAAUUACAACUCCUCUAAUGGAAUGGAAAAAUAUGAGAUACAGUGGAUAAGCAAGGCCUCUGCUGCUCAACGCGCUGGAAGAGCUGGAAGAACUGGGCCUGGACAUUGUUAUCGCCUCUAUUCCUCUGCAGCGUUCAAUGACAUAUUUCCUGAUUUCUCAUGUGCUGAAAUAUUGAAAGUACCUGUUGAUGGUAUUGUUCUUCUGAUGAAAUCCAUGCAUAUUGGCAAGGUUAAGAAUUUCCCAUUUCCAACCCCUCCUGAGGACAGUGCGUUUGAUGAAGCAGAGCUUUGUCUAAAGGCUCUUGAGGCACUUGAUAAUGAAGGAAGGUUGACAACACUAGGGAAGGCAAUGGCACGCUAUCCAAUGAGUCCUCGCCACUCUAGAAUGCUUCUAACAGUUAUUCAAAUCAUGCAAAAGGUGAAAGAUUAUGCCCGAGCAAACCUAGUACUGGGCUAUGCUGUUGCAGCAGCUGCAGCUUUGAGCUUGUCAAAUCCUUUCAUUAUGCUGUUUGAAGUAAGCCACAAUGACACAGAUGACUUGAAGCAAGAUUGGAGUGAGAAAACUCCAGACAAGAAAGAAAAGUUGAGGAAAAAGAAACUUAAAGAAACUGCUAAAUUAUCUCGUGCUAAAUUUUCUAACCCCACCAGUGAUGCUUUAACCAUAGCUUAUGCGCUGCAGUGCUUUGAACUCUCUGAAAAUCCAUUGGAAUUCUGUGGCGACAAUGGGCUGCACUACAAGACUAUGGAAGAAAUGUCAAAGCUGAGAAAGCAGCUUCUUCGACUAGUGUUUAGCUCAAAUUGUAGUGAUAUCCAGCGAGAGUUUUCAUGGACUCAUGGGAUUUUGCAGGAUGUAGAAAGUGCUUGGAGGGUUUCUUUUGACAAACACCCUCUUCUACUGAAUGAGGAGGAGAUUUUGGGGCAGUCUAUCUGUGCUGGCUGGGCCGAUAGGGUUGCUAAACGUAUUAAAGGAGCUUCAGGGCUGUCAGAGGCAGAUAGAAAAGUUAACGCUGCGCGAUAUCAAGCUUGCAUGGUCAAGGAAACGGUAUUCCUCCAUCGUCGCUCAUCUGUUUCUAAAUCUCCACCUGAAUUUCUAGUCUACAGUGAAUUAUUACAUACAAAAAGGCCAUAUAUUCAUGGAGCAACAAGUGUGAAACCAAAUUGGCUGGUUAAAUACGCUCGAUCAUCGUGUAUCUUUUCUGCACCCCUUUCAGAUCCAAAACCAUACUAUGAUCCUGUAGCUGACCAAGUUUUCUCGUGGGUCGUUCCAUCUUUUCGCCCUCAUCUAUGGCAACUCCCUCUUCAUGGUUUGCCCAUCAAAGAAGAUGGAAGUCGGGUGGCUGUGUUUGCUUGUUCAUUACUUGAAGGACAGGUUUUGCCAUGCCUAAAAGCUGUCCGAAAGUUCAUGGCAGCCUCACCAGCUAGCAUUUUGAAGCCUGAGGCAUCAGGUCUUAAACGAGUUGGUAAUCUGUUAAAUAAAUUAAGUACAAGGGGAAGAACUGUUGACAGUUGUGCCAUGCUAAAGAAGUUGUGGAAUGAUGAUCCAACAGAAUUGUUUUCAGAAAUUCGGGACUGGUUUCAAGAAGGGUUUCAUAACCAAUUUGAAGAACUUUGGACACAAAUGCUCUGUGAAGUUCGGUUAGAUCCUAAAAAACGCUUCUCCAAAAGGGUCAAGGGAGAAAAAAGGAGGAUUUGA